UCUGGGCUAAAGGUUUGAUUUCCUCUGUUUGAUCAAAUAGGCAUCUUCUUCUUCGUUCUUCUAUUUUGUUCAUAUAUUUCUAUUGGAUUCCGAAAUACCCCUUGGAAAUGGCAGCAAUUUACAGCCUAUACAUCAUCAACAAAUCAGGUGGAUUGAUCUUCUACAAGGAUUAUGGGUCUUCGGGACGGAUGGACACUAAUGAUAGCUUGAGGGUUGCAAGCUUGUGGCACUCUAUGCACGCCAUUUCUCAGCAGCUGUCGCCGAUAUCGGGUUGUUUCGGCAUCGAGCUCCUCCAAGCUGACACUUUCGAUCUUCAUUGCUUCCAAUCACUCACUGGGACAAAGUUCUUUGUUGUCUGUGAGCCUGGGACACAGCACAUGGAAGGUCUCUUGAAACAUAUCUAUGAAUUGUACACAGAUUAUGUCUUGAAGAACCCCUUCUAUGAGAUGGAGAUGCCUAUACGAUGUGAGCUCUUUGAUAUCAACCUGACACAGGCAAUACAGAAGGAUCGUGUUGCCUUGUUAGCCCGAUGAUCUGCCUCAGGAGUCACUCUUGUCUCUUAUGUAGUUGUUGCUUGUUCUAUUUUCUCCAGAUGUACAUCUUUUGAUGAACAUUAUCUUCCAUUCGUGUGACUCAGGAGAUAGUUUUUGUACGGUUAGUUCGACUUCAGUGUUCAUUCUAUGAGCAUUCUGAUUCAAGGAUGGUUCCAUGUUUUAUGUGAAUAAUUUGAAGUUUUAAUAUGUUUUACAUCAAUGUCUGCUGCA